UGUGAAAAGUACAUUAAGUUUUCUGCUUGUUAUUUCCGUUGAUUUAUAUUCUCCACUGUUUCUUAUUUUUUUAAUUAUAAUUGAAUUUAUUGGCUUGGAAAAUGGAGCGUAAACGUUAUCGUAAAGAAGAUAAUCGUAUUAGAAAUGAGAAGUUCAAAAAAAUUCGUCGGAGUUUACAGGAACUUGAAUCCUGUUCAAAUGAUAUUUCUUUUGAGGAACCUUUUGACGAGAGCAGUGAUGAAAAUUCGUCUACAGAUGAAAUCAAUCCGCCUGAUCUAAAUCUUAAUAAUUUUAAUGCCAACGAUAUCAUUGAAGCAGAUGAAAUUCAUCAACAAAUACACGAGGAAGAGGAGAUUAUUGAUGAGCAGGACAUUGAAGAUCCAGAACAAAAUGAAUUCAAUGAAGAUAAUUUUCUGAAUGAUGUUCUUGGAGGACAGGAGGAUCAUUCUUCGACAGAUGACGACUCAUCUGCAGAUGAGGAAGAAAAUAACGAUGAUCCUCCCGUAUUACCAAAUGUGCCCCCUGAAAUUGACCAGUUACGUCAUUUGGCUAAUGAAAAGAACAUACCUCAAAGUACUUUGGAUCAAUUAUUAAAAAUUUUGCGCCAAAGGCUAUUACCGUCCUUACCGAAAAGCUCAAAAACGUUUCUGAAAACGAGUGAUUCUCGAUAUAAUAUUAUUGAUAUGGAAGGCAUGAAUGGAGAAAUGGGAGAGUUUGUGUAUUUUGGACUUGAAUCUGGACUAAAAAAUUGUGUGAAUGUGGAUUUACACCCAGAAAAUAUAAUAAAUUUGCAAAUUUUCAUUGACGGCAUGCAGCUUACCAAAUCAGGUCAUUUGGAAUUGUUUGUGACACUCUGCAAAAUAUUUUUUGAACCCGACAUAUACAAAGUAUUUCCUGUAGCUGUAUUCUGUGGGAAGACAAAACCAAGAAAUGUCGAUGAUUAUUUGGACGAGCUCAUAGAUGAGUUAAAUGACUUGCAUGAAAAUGGACUAAUUAUUGAAGAUAAACUUUUUUCAAUAAAUAUAAAAUGCAUAAUUUGCGAUACGCCUGCAAGGGCCUUCCUGAAAAAUACUAUGGGUCAUAAGAGUUUCGUAUCGUGUGAAAGAUGUGAAAUUGUUGGCCAUUCAGAGGAGAGAACUACUGUAUUUCCGUCUAUUAAUGAAAGAGAAAGAACCGACAAUUCAUUCAGAAAUCAGAGUCAACCAGAACACCACCAUGGACCUUCUCCCUUCUGUCGCAUUAUUCCGCCAUUAAAUAUCAUAAAAAUUUUUAUUCUAGACUCUAUGCACUUACUUUUCUUGGGAAUCAUGAAAAAAUUAUUGGAAUAUUGGCUGGUCGGUAGUUUAAAUUUCAGGUUAGGUUUAGAAAGAAAAAAAGAACUAGCAAAACGAAUGAAACACAUCUACUCCCAAAUUCCAAUUGAGUUCCAAAGAAAAACUCGUUCCAUAAUUUAUCAUGGUAAGUGGAAAGCUGUAGAGUUUAGAUUUUUUUUACUUUAUUGUGGCCCUGUGGUACUUAAACAUAUUCUGCGAAAAGAGUUAUAUCAACAUUUUUUAUUGUUGCAUGCUUCUAGUCGAAUAUUGUCGUCAGAUGUUUUGUGUAAUAGAUAUACAAAUAAUUCUAAAAUGUACUUGAGAACAUUUUUUACUACUCUGAAAGAUAUUUAUGGUCCGAAGUCACAAACUCUUAAUUCUCAUCACGUGAUUCACGUUGCCGACGAUGUUGAAACAAUGAAUUGUAGUCUGUCACGAGUCAAUGCAUUUGCUUUUGAAAGCUAUUUGGGAAAACUGAAAAAACUAAUUCGUACACCUCAUCGCCCACUUGCACAGUUAUGUCGACGACUAUAUGAGAGAAAUAUUGCCAUUAAAGAAAAAGUAGAAAUUCCUCCGUUAUUCCAAAUUUUAAAAAGAAAUGAAGAUUCCAUAGAACAAAUUAAGUACAAAGAGACGACGAUUUCUACUUCAGAGCCUAAUAAUAUAGUGCUGUCCGAAAAUGACACCGUGUUGCAAAUACGCACUAUUUUCGAAACUGCAGAAGGAAUUAAAUUUGAGGCUCAAGUUUGGGAAAAAGCAACAUCGCUAUUCAAUUAUCCAUUUGAUUCGGAUCGUUUGAAAAUGUGGCAGUUACUAAACGCGCCCUGUAAUAGAUUGAGUUUAUUUAGUUUAGAAUCAAUUCAAUGUAAAAUGGUCAAAUUAUCUGUCCCCAAAACAGAUAAUAGUCCAGAGAAAUUUUACGUCAUGCCAAUUCUACACUCACAAAUCUGAAUGAAAAUUUAAGUAAAAUAAUGAAUUUUUAAUUACUUUCGUUGAGAUUUUUUUAUUGUUCAUUGUGAUUCAGAUUAAUAAUUUUCUGUACUUAUUACAUUUUUAUGACCACUCAUGUAUAAAUACCAGCGAA